AUGGAAACUAUUGCUACUGGCGCUGCUAGCAACCUUGUUGCUGUAGUUGUCAAUUACAUAUUCUCUCAAAUUAAACGUCCUAUAGGUUACAUAUUCCUCCAUAAGAGAAGGGUUGAGGAUUUCGAGAAAAAAGUUGAGAUGUUGACAGAAAGACGGGAGAGAGUGCAGAAUGCCGUUGAUGUUGCUGAAAGGAACAUGGAGAUAAUAGAAAAGGAUGUCCAAAAUUGGCUGAUUAGAGUGGACAGGAUGAUCAGUGAAGAAGUGAAGGAUCUUGAAGAGAAAAUGAAGAACAAGUGUUGCAUUGGGUUGUGUCCCAAUAUCAAGUCUCGUUACCAGCUUAGCAAGAAAGCAGGAGAAGAUGCCCAAGCUGUUGAUGAGUUCCUCCAACAAGGUGAAUUUAACAGGGUAUUGUGCCCUGCUGCUCUCCCAGACAUAGUGCCCACCUCUGCCAAAGAUUUUGAGGACUAUGAUUCAAGAAAAAAAGUUUUUGAUGAGAUCAUGGAGGCUUUGAAAGAUGCCAGUAUCAGCGUGUUAAGGGUGUACGGGAUGGGUGGUGUUGGCAAGACCACACUAGUCAAAGAAGUCGCAAGACAAGUCAAGGAGGAUAAGUUAUUUGAUUCAGUGGUUAUGGCAGCUGUAGCUCAGACUCCUGACAUUCAGAAAAUUCAAAACCAAAUUGCAGACAUAAUGGGAUUGAAGUUUGAUGAGCUGUGUAUAACCGGAAGAGCAUGUCGGUUAUGUGAACGGUUGAAGAAAGAGAAGACGAUUCUUGUUGUUUUAGAUGAUAUUUGGGCGAGACUAGAUCUAGAGGAAGUCAGAAUUCCUCUUGGAGAUCAACCGAAGGGAUGCAAGAUACUACUGACGUCAAGAGAUCAAGAUGUUCUAUCUAAUGGGAUUGAUGCUAAGAAAACUUUUGUAAUCCGUGUUUUGGAAGAAAGUGAAGCUUGGGUCCUUCUUAAAAAGAUGGCUGGGGACAGUGUAGAGAGUCUUGAGUUGCGAUCUACAGCAGCUAAAGUAGCAAAAAAAUGUGGUGGAUUACCGGUUGCCAUUACAACAGUUGCAAGGUCUUUAAGAAACAAAGGUUUAUUUGUAUCGAAUGAUGCUCCGAGGAAACUACAGAGACCUUCCCCAACAAACUUCACAGGGAUACCAGCUCAUCUAUAUUCAGCUAUAGAGUUGAGUUACAAUCAUUUAGAAAAUGAGGAACUGAAACAUACUUUCUUGCUUUGCAGUCUACUCGUAGAAGAAGCACGAGAAAGACUUUUGUCAUUGGUGUGCAACCUCGAGACUUCCUGUCUAUUACUUGAUAGUUUCACCUCUGAUCGCUUUGAUAUGCAUGACCUUAUUUCUGAUGUUGCCUUGGCAAUCACUUCUAGGAACAACCAGGUGCUUGUGUUAAAAAGUGAGGAUGUUCUAAAUGAUUGGCCUGAUGAAGAUACAAUGAGAAUGUGCAAAAGGAUUAGUUUGUGUUAUGCUAGUAUUAAUGAGCUUCCUGAUGAGUUGAAAUGUCCUCAACUUGCUUUCUUCCAUAUGGGAGAUAUAGCCAUUAUAGGCGAUCUCAAUGAUUUAAAAGUUCUUAGCCUCAUGGGAUCUAAUAUUGAUAUACUACCCAGGGAAUUUGCACGGUUGACUCAGCUAAGGUAG